AUGCCACCCUUUCAGUUCCGAGGGAAUGGUCCUUCGCGCGACCGUCGCUCAAAGCCCGAGUUCACCUUUCGUGUUCCACACUCAACCUCGGCCAGACCGUUACUCAGAAGCGACAAAGAGAAAACCCCAGAAUUGCUGGCUCCCGAAUCAGGCGACAAGCCGGCAUUGAAAUUCGCCUCAUUGGAUGCCCUCAGUGAUAGCGAAGAAGCCGAGAUGGACUUCUCCGAUGAUUCGGACGACGAGUCGCGACCUCGGAAACGUCGCGCGGUCGCGCUGGACGGCAACAACGAUGAUGUCAAACCUUCUCCGGUUCCUGCUUCAGCACCCGCGACGACUCCCCCUCCGCCCAAGUGGUCCAAUCCUGAUCCUUACACGGCCCUUCCACCUCCUGAUGAGAGCCAACACAAGCGCGUAGACGUUGUGAAGCUCAUUAGGAAGGCGCGUCUCGCGAACACCCAAGCGCAAUCAAACGAAAAGGACGCAGUCGCCAACAACCACGAUUUUAUUUCCCUCGGCUCUCUCAGCGCCUUUGAAGCGAGCGGAUCGGCUGUUGCAGCCCGCAAGCGGACCCGAGACGACGAGCCAAAACCGCUCACCCCCAAAACUGGAAAGCCAAUGCGACGGUUCAACCACGAUGGCUCCAUUCUGGGCGAGUGGAGGGCUCUGAAGAAUCAAGACCCUACUCCCUGGAUUAGCGCUGUCCAUAAUUUGAACGUAUCGAGCAGACUGCACAACGAAAUCAUCGCCUUUUAUAACUGGGUUCGACCGCAUCACUACGAGCAGGUUGUCCGUAGCGACCUAGUGGAGCGUGUCGAGAAUGCAUUCCGAUCACGAUACUCUCACGUGCAAGUCCACGCCUUCGGUUCUUUCGCCUCUGGCAUGUAUCUUCCAACAGCAGAUAUCGACCUAGUCCUUUUGUCGACCUCUUUCAUGCGAUCCGGCAUCAAGGCGUUCGGCGAGCGGAAGGGCCAGAUCUACGCAUUUGCCGGCUUCAUCAAGACAUCUGGUCUUGCCGUGAAUGGCUCGGUGGAGUGCAUUGCGCAUGCCCGUGUCCCUAUCCUCAAGUGGGUCGACAAGCUGACCGGCAUUCGCGUUGAUCUCUCCUUCGACAAUGACAGCGGUCUGCUCGCGAACCGCACCUUUCAAGCCUGGAAAGAGCAGUUUCCAGUCAUGCCAGUCGUCGUCUCGAUCAUCAAGCAGUUCUUGCUACUCCGCGGCCUCAAUGAAGUGCCCACCGGCGGUCUGGGCGGCUUCUCGAUCACCUGUAUUGUUACCAGUCUUCUUCAGCAUCUUCCUCACGGCAAGGACGCAAAUCUUGGCAGUCUGUUGCUUGACUUCUUCAACUUCUACGGCAGAACGUUUGAUUACGAGAAGACCGGGCUUCGCAUGAAUCCGCCCGGAUACUUUAACAAGUUCUUCCAGGUCUUUGAGAACAAGGAUCGUCUCUCGAUUGAAGAUCCGAACAACCCAGACAAUGAUAUCUCCGGCGGCACUAAAGAGAUCGCUCUGAUCUUCCGGACUUUCCGCGAAGCUCACUUCAACCUGACCCGCCGGAUGGAAUACAUGAGCACCACCAACAAUUUGAACGUGAGCAUCUUGGAGUCGAUCAUCGCGGCCAACUACGAUGAGUACAUUGAAGAGCGAUUCCAGCUCAAGCAUGUCUAUGAGACCGCACCUCAAUUUGCGAAGUACCGAGUCCCACCCCUCCGCCUCCUCCAGGAAGAGACUCGCCUCCGCCUCUUCCUGCGGGCCCGCCUCCCCGGGGACCUGCAGAACUUGCUCGUGCUUAAUUGUCGUACCUGCCUGUGCCUCAUGAUCCCGACGAAUUCUCUUCUCAAAAUCCCGCCCGUUCAGUUCGAUCAAUUUUUCUCAAUACCCCUCGGCGUUGUUUUCAUCGUGUUAGGCGAGAAGGUGUGCAUUGCAGCGGCGUUGAUGGCGGGAUGUCUCUUUUUCUUCUGUCUUUGUGACCCGGCCGCACGCGUGCCUGGGUCUUCCUCAUUGUUUCUUCUCCCUUGCUCCAUGAUA